AUGUCUGCAUCAAUGAUUUCAAACGCCAAGCUCCAAGAUGACAUGAGCAGCAUCCCACUUGCUGAUGACGACCCGCAAGUAAUUAUUCCUGAAGAAGACGUUCCGGAUAACGAAACGCACAUGUCGGAUCCAUUUGGUAGAGGACAUAGUAUGGAUUCAAUACCAUCAACGUUUACCAAUGGCAGCUGUAGUCCAAACAGUUUAGAUCCCGAUGUUAGUCCUGAUGAACAAGAAGAAAAAGCAAGAUUAAUAGCUCAAGUUCUUGAACUCCAAAAUACAUUAGAUGAUUUAUCACAGAGGGUAGACAGCGUUAAAGAAGAAAAUUUAAAAUUAAGAAGUGAAAAUCAAGUAUUGGGACAGUAUAUUGAAAAUUUAAUGUCCGCAUCUAGUGUAUUUCAAUCUACUAGUCCCAAGACUAAAAAGAAGUAAGCUUUC